AUGGCCUGCUACUCAUCGACCCAAAUGCAGGCCUGCGACGUUAACAGUCUGCCUGUGGGACCGGCCUUCAGCUGCCCCAAUGGCUUUGUGUGCACAUAUGGCACAGCUGGCGUUAUCUGCGAGCCCUCAUCUACAUCGGCCAGCUUGGCAGCUUGUCAGGAUUGCAACAAAUGCGAUGCGAACAAUACUUUUGCGUGCACGAGCACCGGCACCUUUGCCCUUUGUCUGGGCACAACUGCACCACAGCAGGUGGUGGGAACAUGUGCUCCACAAUACGUCUGCAACAUUAAUAAUCCGGAGAUAUGUGGCCAAGUAACGCAGGGUGUAACUUACUGCAAUGUGAUCCGCAUGCCUGGCAACUAUCCCGUCGGCACGAAUCCGACUACCACCUGCAAGCAGUACGUGAAAUGCUGGAUACUCAACGGUUCCUGGUAUGGUCAGGUCUACACAUGUCCCGGGAGCACCAACUUCAAUAUCGCCACGCGACUCUGCCAAUCUAUUCCUCUGCCCACACAAUGCUCGGCCGCAGUGGUCAGCUUAAGUCUCAACGGCGUCGAGUUGGAUUAA